AUUAUUUUUUGUCUGUUAUUUCCCUCUCGGGACCAAGAGCGGAAGCUGAUCACAACACUUCUCCAACGGCCACUCUGGAAGGAAAUUUGCCAAGGUAAGCGCAACCGCGAGUCCGCGACCCAUCCACACACACACACACACACACACACGCUCAACGUCAGGUACAAAGUGUCUGCCCGAGUAUGUAUGAGGUAUGCGCUUGCUGUCACUUUGCGCCUGACGCCUGUAUCUGCAAUCUGUCCCUUGUGCACUUCCAUUCCACCGGUGACCGGCGAGCGGCUUGCAAGCGGAAGCUGAGAAGCGCUGUGCCGCCUGAUGCCGUGGCCGACGACGGAAGGAGGGUCCGUGGGCGAAAAAUAGGGGUCGUCCGUGCCGUGAGGUACAUGAUGGUACAUAGCUUCCUAGCCCCGGGCCGGGGCCUAGCUACUGGACUCCACUGCCAGUCCAUACUCAAAGCUUCAGGGUCCAGCCUAGCGAGGCGCAAAGAUGCGACGGGGUCCGGUUUCCAGCCCCAUCGUUCCCACACAAGCACCGACAACCAUGUCGUAUGUGGGACAUUGGCUACUCGGUCCUGUGUUGAAACCGAGGCUUCGGAGCUGGCAUGGGAGAGCGAAAAAGAGCGACGUGUCAAGCGCAGCCGACCAGCCCGAGCAUUCAUGCGGCAAGGGAGAAUUCUGAUACGAAGGGGGAUGCGAAGAUUGAAACGAGAGCACUGUCGUGGCAUCGCUUACGGCGGUUUCGGCGACAGUUCAUCGCGUCCACAAAGAGAAGAAAGUGAUCGUCUAUCGGAAAACCCUAUGUGGCAUCGGUAAUCUAGGAGGCUAAUAAUCGCGCAACAUGGAAACAUGGAAGUUGAGAUGGCUGGCAGCCUACUGAGCCUUCUUUGCGAACAGGUCAUUCCACACCGAAAUCACCCUCGCCCGGUGUGAUCUAUGAUUCGUCUCACUACAGCACUG